UCUGAGCAGCGGCUGCAUCCUGAGUAGGGACUGGUGGCUGCCUGCAGGCAGAUGGACUGUCUGCAGGAGGCAUAGGAGCGGAUAUUGCCGUUUGAAACAAAGGAACCGCAACAACCUGUGGAGGAGGCACAGAGAGAAUCAGGGCAGACAAUGAACAGGUUGCUGAUCCCCGGACAAGUGACGAUGCCGCGAAUGUACACAACAAGAGGAGUAGUGGUGUUGCAAACAGAAGCUGAACUUGUACCUAGCAACGCAGGUGGAACAAUGGGAACAAUGGAAACUGAAGAGUCUGUUCACAAGCGAGACCGUGGAGGAGAUAGGGGUGGUGAGGAGGAACGCAGUCAUCUACGGCCAAGCACAGACAAAGAUGAGAGGGGGGUGCAUUGGGCAAGAUUUCGGAGCAAAGGACGUGAGCGUCAGAGAGAUUGUGAUGCUCUUUGCAUUGGAGCUGCAGGACAUGAAGCUGUAGCAGUAAAAACUGAAGUAGGGGGAAUUACUGUUAGGGAAACUGUUGUACUGAAAAGUGCAGCAAUGGAAACCGCAGCAGUAGAAACUGCAGCAGCGGAAACUGGAGCAGUGGAAACUCAUACAAUGGAAACUGCAGCAGUGGAAACCGCAACAGUGGACACUGAAUCAGUGAAAAUUGUAGGAGUGGAGAUUGCAGCAGUGGAAACUGCAGGAGUGGAAACUGCAGGAGUGGAAACUGCAACAGUGGAAAAUGCGGUAGCAAAAGAUGAGCAAGCCGGGGAAGGACAAGAGCAUGGUUGGGGCGAAGAAGAUAUUGGAUAAUACAAGGACCAUCGCAGCAUGCGUCGGAACCACUGAGAGAGACGCGUCACAUGCGUAAGAUAGCGACGUUAUGACGAACCACUUUCUGUA